AUGUUUAGGAUCAUCAAUACUUGUAACGGGAUCAAGUCCUUUUUGCCAAACCAAAUUUUAAAAGUGUAUCCAUAUCAUUCAAAAUUCUAUUCAACCAAUGAACUGUUUUCCAAAGAUGAAAUCGAGAAAUCAAAGAAAUGGCUAGAGUCCUUCGCACAUACUCAAAUUCCUACACAUUUAUUUGAUAUAUCUUACAGUAGAUCAUCAGGACCUGGUGGGCAAAAAGUCAAUAAAACAUCGUCUAAGGCAACAGUAUCUCUAGAGCUGGGAUUGUGGUUGGACCCUCGUAUUUGCUAUUGGAUCCCUCAACCAAUUCAAGCGCAACUAAAGAGCAAAGGUAUACGCUAUGAAACAAAAGGAGGCGGGUUGUUAAUUCAAAGUGACACUAGUCGUAAUAGGGAACACAACACAGAGCUAUGUUUUCAAAGACUUGUAGAAGAAAUCAAAUCCAAAGUAUACUUUGCGAGUGAAACAAGUCAAGAAGAUAAAGAAAAGUGGCAAGAAUUGGAAGAAGAUUAUAAGGAACGUAAAAAAUUUAACAAAAAAAAGCAAUCCGACAAGAAAAAAAAUAGGUCAAAGAAGUUUGAUUGGUAA